CCUACCUAUCUAUCUUAUGUAAUACCAAGAGGGAGGAAUCCGAAUGUAGAACAUAACAGCUGGAAAAAUGUCAUCUUCCCAGAAUUUGUCCUACCCUGCUAUAGACUGUAGAUUUUCUUAUUGUGGAUUGUCGUGUGUGAAUGGGUCGUUACAUCUGAAACUCCUAUGUUUUACUUUUUGGAUCAGUAAAUCUUCACUCAGGGCCAUGUUUGUUGCAUUUAUUGUACACAUUAUACACUGUAUAUUAUUAGAGCUGACAGAUGAAGAUGAGGUUGUGCCUCGUGAUGUUACAGUCCUUCCUCUACUGCAGAUUCUGCUCAGCUUGUCAGCGUUCAUCAGUGUUUUUUCUCAAUCCCCAAAUCUCAUAGUGAAAAGCCGCCCAGCGUUGUAUUGUGCAGUUAUUAAAUCCUUCCCCAGGCUGGAUGACGCUUUCAUAGGUGAGAUUUAGUCGGAGCUGAGAUGUUUUAUUUUCUAUUUUCCCCCCAUCCCUGUGUCUGGGAUUCUGACAUGAUAGACACAGCAGUCAGGGGUGUCUGAGAUCAGCAGUCUACUGCGAUGCUGGGAGGGUCUCUUGCUGGGCCCACUCUGUCACACAGGAUUAGGGCUUUGCAGGUUUUCUAAUCUGCACACAGUUUUCCAUACAAAUAAAAUGUGCCCUCCACAUCCAGGCAAAGCUGGGAGGAUUAGUUGCGGGUACCCAGUCUGUGCCUGAAGCCUGCUGAAACCACUAUCUACGGGGUGUUGUACUGUGUCAUCUUCUAUUACCUGGGAUUAAUAAUUCAGCCGAUACUUUUGUAACUCAAGCCGCCUGUUUCUGUUUGUGCCUCCAGAGAGCUCAGGUGCAGCUACGUCUGUUUUAUUGUGUGUAGGGUUUUUUUUUAUAUACGUGUAACAGAAGAUUUUAACUGAGAGGAUUCCUUGCCUCCUCCUCUAGCACAGUAUCUAAGCCGAGAGGUUUUUUUUUUCCAAUGCCAGUUCCAAGCAAGCAUACAAACAUCAGCCGUUCUCGUAGCUGGGAUGCUGCAGGUUGGUAUGAAGGCAGCUGGGAGGGAGACAUCUCAUCAGGAUAUAACAGAGCAGCCGGCAUAAACAAUUCUCUGACCUACAACGGAGAGGAAGCUUUCUACAAGCUGCCAAGGAGCAGAUCCCGCGAUAUUAUCGUGCCAGGCAGCUCGGAGAUAAAGGCGGACGCUUCUUCCUACCCAGACGCUUAUAUCCGAGGUCAGCAAGGUCACUUAGUGCAUCAGGAUCACAGGCCAGUAAGGAAUAACUCUGUUCCAGACUUCAGCAAUCCCUACGAGAGACAGGUGGCAAUGUCUGGGCGUGGAUCUGUGCACACUCACGAUUAUUAUAAUGAGUCUUCUUUGCCAGGCAGAUCCCUGGAGGAUCCUCGAUAUUAUAGAGACCCAAUGCUUAAUCGUGCAGGACACACUUAUGUGCCCCCCACAAGCCGGGCAGCCUGGGAUCAGACUCCACAACGUCCCUAUCACCCACAAGAAGUGGGUCGCAUGUAUAGAGAUCCUACAGGGAGAGUCAUCACCGAGGGACAGCGUUCAAGGAGUCGUGAUUCUUCUCCUGCCAGGUAUACCAUAGAAACACCCAACCCCAGGUAUGGCUCAGAGGCAUCCACGUUCCCCAGUAGACAGCUCUAUAAUGAGAUGAUGGAAAGAACCAUUGAUCCCUCGACAGGGAGGCAAGCAGCUCCUACCUGCCUUGUGGUGGAGCCCAGUGAAUCUGCUGCUAUGGAUGGCACACUGGGGACUUCAUCUAUUUCAGCAAAUCGUGGUUAUCAUGGCUCAGCAAGAGAGAACAUCGGUGCAAAGAUGGCUUAUGAUACCUAUGAUAACUCCAUAGCUCCAUCUCAUACCCAAAUUCCUAUGUCACUCUCUGGAUCUGAACUGAAGAGGGCUGUGGAUAUGGAGUUCCUUGCGGUCUUGCGAAAUGAAGGCCUCUCUGAAAAUACUAUUAGCGCUUUAAUACAGCAAGGCUUUGACACGCCCAGUUCAUUGGCCGUCAUGGAAGAACACGACAUUAAAUCAGUAGCUGCUAAUCUUGGCCAGGCAAGAUUGCUUUCUGGCCUUAUCAAGAGCUACAGGACAGAUCUGCAGAUGCUGAGACAAGAUCAACAGAAAAGCAAUUCUCUGAGAUCCCGAGCUCGAUCCAACAGCUUCAGUCAUCGUGGGGAUCUUAUGCGUGGCGAUUUCAAUGCACAGCCUUUUAAUGGUCCUAUAAUGGAUGGGGCUCCUAAUCCACCACAUUCCUUGUCUUUGCAGCCAGUUUCGCCUCGAUUGGCAGAACUAAACCGCCGACCAUCUAGUGCCCCAUCCCAGCACCUGUUGGAAACUGCCAGCUACCCAACUUGUGGAAUGGGUGUCCAAAAUCCACAGUACAUGCAAACUGCAGCUUACUCUAUUCCUGUGCACCCUCGACCUGCUCCCGCCUACCCUGCUCAGUCUGGCAUCCCUAUGACUGUUGUACACACCAAUGUUAACACUGGCCCAAAGACGGCUUACCCUACAAGCUACACUGUGCCCAUGGAGCUGAUGAAGAGAGAGCGCCUCCCACCCACCUCUCCGGUGCACAGCCCACACUGCAGCCCACAACCACUACGCAAACAGGGGAGCCAUCUGGAGACCUCACUGAGCUUGCCUCCACCUAAUAUAACCAGUCAGCCCUCUCUCCACUCUCCGUACCAGAAAGUAACCAGACGGACUGGACCACCCAUCAUUGUCUCCACCAUGGCAUCUCCAGACCAAAGUAUGAGGCCCCAGACAGUCAAUGGUCCAAUGCAUCCCCGCCCACUUAUUGCUCUGUUGGAUGGAAGGGACUGUACAGUGGAGAUGCCAAUCCUAAAAGACUUGGCCACUGUGGCUUUUUGUGAUGCCCAGUCCACACAGGAGAUCCAUGAAAAGGUUCUGAAUGAAGCAGUGGGUGCCAUGAUGUAUCACACCAUAACACUGACACGUGAAGACCUGGAGAAGUUUAAGUCUCUUCGUGUCAUAGUGCGGAUAGGCAGCGGAUAUGACAACAUUGACAUCAAGGCAGCCGGAGAUAUGGGAGUGGCGGUGUGUAAUAUCCCUUCAGCUGUUGUGGAGGAGACGGCUGAUUCUACAAUCUGCCAUAUUCUGAAUCUAUAUCGGAGGAACACCUGGCUGUAUCAAGCACUUCGGGAGGGUACAAGGGUACACAGCGUGGAACAGAUAAGAGAGGUGGCAUCUGGUGCAGCUCGUGUCCGCGGGGAGACACUAGGCUUGUUGGGAUUUGGUCGUGUAGGACAGGCAGUGGCUGUAAGGGCCAAGGUGUUUGGCUUCAAUGUUAUCUUUUAUGACCCAUACCUGCAGGACGGGGCGGAACGCUCGCUGGGUGUGCAGAGGGUGUACACACUGCAGGACUUGCUUUACCAAAGCGACUGCGUGUCUCUGCACUGUAACCUGAACGAACACAACCACCACCUCAUAAACGACUUCACAAUCAAACAGAUGAGGCAGGGAGCAUUCCUGGUGAAUACAGCACGGGGAGGUUUAGUAGAUGAAAAGGCUUUGGCUCAGGCACUGAAGGAAGGCAGAAUCAGAGGAGCGGCUCUAGAUGUUCACGAGUCUGAACCUUUCAUAUAUUCUCAGGGUCCACUGAAGGACGCCCCCAAUCUGAUCUGCACUCCGCAUACAGCAUGGUACAGUGAGCAAGCAUCCCUGGAGAUGAGAGAAGCUGCAGCUACUGAGAUGCGCAGAGCAGUCACAGGUCGAAUUCCAGAUAGUCUCAGAAACUGUGUGAACAAAGAGUUUUUAGUGGCAACAACACAGUGGCCUACAAUUGAGCAAACAGGGACCAACGUGGAUCUAAAUGGUGCCCCCUACAGAUCCGUGUGUGUGCAGCCUCUCCAGGGAGAGAAGCGCUGAUCACUGCUUCCACUAUGUCCCUUAUGAGCUCCAGCCAGCCCUCCUGCAGUCAGAAGGAAUAACUCACUACAAAAGGGAUAUACACCUUACCCAUCUCAUCCCUCAGUGCCCAUGCCAUCCUGCACCCUUAUACACAAAAGGGCCUGCACUGCAUUUACCAAUAGGAAGCAGCUGUGGCAAAAAAAAAAAAAAUCGCACAGGCCACUGACUUGACCAAAAAGGCAAGGCCAUGUUGCAACUCGGGACAAAAAGACAAAAAAAAAGGUGCAGCUAAGACAACGUGGUCAACAAGGUAACUAAACCAGCAGCCGACACAGCCACUACAUACCGGGAACCAGAUACAACAGGGUACAGGCGUGAGCUCAUCUAUUCUUACCAUACAACCAAUGUGAAUCACAGACCAGCUCAGUGCAACCUGUGGAGGGAUCAAGAGUAAGACGCAAGGGACGCGACAGAUUAGUCCGUGUUGUACGACACCAGACUGGAAGGGACCUAUUAGUGUGAUGUUUUUGUCUCUCGUUUGUCCUUAUGAUCCACUGGCUCAGGAAAUAUUAAGUCUAUUGUCUACAUACAAAGUAACUGUAUUUUGUUAUUCUGGAUUCCACUAUUUUUCUUUAUAUCUGUCUACUUUACCUUUAGUUCCUCAUAGAAUGACUCUAGCAUUUCACCUCUCUCAUACUGUGUGUUCAUUUUUGAAAUGGACUACAAAUUCAGGCAGCGGAAAUACUAGCCCAGUCACUUUGAAGUAAAAUGUAAAAAAAAAAAUAAAAAAAAUCUGGUACUGUUAAUGCUUCGGUCAAUGAGGUGGAAGUAUAGUGAGACUAGGGUCACAAAUAGAUGAAAACAUUUCCGAGUGCACCCAGGGCCGACUGUAAGAGUCAGCGUUAGGACUGAGAAGACGUUGACAUCCUCGUAGACUACAAAGUUUCAGCAUGGAUUCCGCCCACACUCUCCACUGGGAUAUUCCAUCUGGCGGAAUACUUUGGCAGUAGGACCGCGUGGCAAUGUGGCGUCGCCAUUGAUUGCUAUGCAGUGCUUACGUUCUUUCUUUGCGCAGAACAAUGUCCGCCGCUGAAGUUUCUCAGUGUGAAUGGAUCUCGAAGACCC